AUGACACAAACACAAUAUAAAGCCAAAUUAAUCAACGGUAAACCCUUUUUAUACCAGAAAUCUACACCUCAAGGUGAGUGGGAAGACAUAACACAGACUCUGUACAACGUGGAUCACCUAGAGUUAUAUGAUUUAGAUAUCAAUUUAACUAGGAUAAAAGAGUGUAGAACAAGGUUAUGUGGAUUAAUAUUCAAGAUAUCACUGAAUUUCAUGUGUUACCACUUGAAACUGGGUGACAAGUUAUUGUGGUCCUAUUGUGAAGAUCCUUUUCAGGGAUUACCAAUCCAAUUAUUAUUUAAUCUCAAGAGAAAUACUAUGAGUUUAUUGUUUAAAGAGAAUAGAUUAAAAAGUUUGGAUAUGGUGGGAUAUUCCAAUGACUGGGUGGAGCCAGGGAAACUACUUACCAGAUUCAAGACUAGGAGAACAAUAACAGAUGGUAAGACUGAAGUAAUUAUGUUUGGUGAGGAACAGUGUUUGGAAGUGGAAAUUCAAGGUAAAAUCAUCUGGAAACAUGAGGAGGGACCCGUUCCAAUCUCACUCAUUUCAGAUCCACACACUCAUACCCUCGUAUUCCCAAACCAUUACACACUAAUAUUAUAA